AAAAUCUUUUGUCUUUUGCACGAAUAUGGCAUCUCUUUUGAACAUUAAUCCAUGCCAUCAAAAUCAGAAAUACAUUAACAUUCGUCACCUCAGAGCCAAAACAGACAGAAUGAGAUGCUAUUUUGUGAGUUGUGAAGGUGGUAAAUAUGGUCUAAAGUCAGAGGAAAGGAGUGGUAGUGAAGGAAGGAAGAGACUCAGGAUUUUGAUAGCUGGUGGGGGCAUUGGGGGACUGGUAUUGGCUCUGGCUGCAAAGCACAAAGGGUUUGAAGUAAUGGUGUUUGAGAAGGAUUUGAGUGCAGUGAGAGGGGAAGGUAGGGAACGUGGCCCAAUUCAACUCUCAAGUAGUGCUUUGUCUGUGUUGCAAGCAAUCGAUGAGACUGCUGCCAAGGAAAUAAUCAAAGCAGGUCAGAUUACUGGAAAUAGGAUUAAUGGCUUUGCAGAUGGUAUCUCAGGUGAAUGGUUUACGAAGUUUGAUCUUUUUGCUCCUGCUGUAAUGAGAAGACUUCCUAUAACUCAAGUAAUAUGUAGGAUGACAUUGCAAGAAAUCUUAGUUAAUGCAGUUGGGUCCGAAGUUCUGAGAAACAAGUCUAAAGUUGUGGACUUCAUGGAAGGCCCCAACAAGGUUACAGUUACCCUUGAAGAUGGACAGCAGUAUGAUGGAGAUAUAUUAGUUGGAGCAGAUGGAAUUUGGUCAACGGUACGUUCAAAAUUGUUUGGGGCCCAGGAAGCGAAAUAUUCAGGUUAUACAUGCUAUAGCGGAGUAACGAACUUUGUGCCACCAUACAUAGAUACUGUUGGGUAUCGGGUAUUCCUGGGAUUGAAUCAGUACUUUGUUGCUUUAUAUGUUGGGAAUGAGAAGAUGCAAUGGUAUGCCUUCCACAAGGGGCGGCCCCAAAGAAAUACUACUGAUCCUCCCAGCUGUGGUAAAAAGAAGAGGCUUUUGGAACUCUUUGGAAAUUGGUGUAAUGAAGUGAUUACUUUAAUUAUGGAAACACCAGAGCACAUGGUUUUGCAGAGAGACAUAUAUGACAGAGAUAUGAUUUCUUGUUGGGGAAUUGGACGUGUAACUUUGUUAGGUGAUGCCGCUCAUCCUAUGCUACCUAAUUUAGGCCAAGGGGGUUGCAUGGCAAUUGAGGACUGUUACCAGCUAGUACUUGAGCUUGAUGAGUUCGCCAAAAGUGGCUCAAAUGUUCAGCAGUCAUAUGAAAUUGUCUCAACACUUAGAAGAUACGAAAAGAAAAGAAAAGAAUGUUCCGUGUUAGCGCAGUGCAUGCAGCAACAAGAAUGGCGUCAAAUAUGCUUGCUGCUUACCUACCUUACUUGGAAUUUGCACCAGCUGGUCCUCUGUUUCAUCUACCAACUCUAAGGAUUAAAAAUCCUCUAAUUGACGGAGCUCGCGCACUUUUACAGUUUUGUUUGCCGCACUUGGUUAUUUGGAUGAUGGACACAGGGCCGGCU